UUCCUGGUUCCCAGGGCGAUCAGCUGGAAAUCUCCACGUUGACAAACCUCAGCAUCUUUUUAAUGGAUUUCAGCCGCCUGAAGAGGUUACCCGUGGUGGUCAUCGCCAACCAGAUAGACCGGGCGCUGGGCGGCAUGAACUGGGGCGCUGUGGAGAAGGGCACCAGGCUCAGGGCAGCCUCCACUCUGCUGCACACGGUGGCCCUGGCACUGAUGGCCUCACCUACUGCCAGUGCCGUGGCUCCGCUGUCAAUCUCCACCCACAACCUGGACGUUGAAAUCCGUUCCCACCGAGGAAAUGCCAUGGCAGACGAUCGGCUGGUCCUGAACGUGACCGGCAACGAGAUGGAGCUGUACUGGUCGGCCAUCACGACAGACAACCACACAGGCCCCACCAGGGUGGGAUUCAUCAACUACCACAACCUGGGCUCGGCCCUGGAGGGAGCGUGGGCCGGAGAGGGGGCCAGAGAGGGGGCCGGUCCGGAGCCGGCCGACUUCCGUCUGAUCUCCAGCGUGGUGACGGUGGCGGUGGGCCAGGGGUUCGGCUCAUCGCUGAGGGAGCCCCUCAACCUCACCCUCAUGCACUCCGAGGAAGUGGGCAGUGGGAUCGUGCAGUGCUUCAGCUUGCCGCUGGGUGAGGAGGGGAUGGACUGGAGCCGGCGGGGGUGUGAGGUGGUCACCGCGGGCAGGGACCGCACCACCUGCCGGUGCCAAUACCUGGCCAGCUUCGCCAUCCUGGCAUCACCAGCACCUGUACAGGACCACGUUGCUCUCCACAUUAUCACGGUGGUCGGGGUGAGUGUGUCGCUCGUGGGGCUGGCAGUGGCCGUCGCCACCUUCGCCCUGUGCCGCUCGGUGCCGCGGGAGACCCGGGCCAUGCACGCCAACCUCUGCCUCAGCCUCUUCCUGGCACAGCUCCUCUUUGUCACCGGCAUCAACAGCACGUCCUACCAG